AUGAACGAAGAUCAGGCAAUACAAGAUGUCCAGCGCAAGAUCCAGCGGGAACAGGCUAUCAUCAACGCUGCGAAUCAGAUGCGGCAGGCCACGAACAACGCACAGGUCACCUCUAGGGCAGAGGGCCAGAUACGCGAUGCGCGCCGGAACAUGCAGUACUUUGAGCAGACGCUGCAGGAUCUGCGGAGGCGGAAGAUGGGCGAUGAUAUGGGCAAGCUGUCGAUGUCGGGUAAUGGUGGACCACCGCCGCCGCCUAAGGGACCUGCGGGCGGGCAGUCCAGAGGGCCGUACAGUCCGCAGGAGUAUGGCGCGCCGGGCGACUAUGGCGCGCCGGGACCUGGUGGGUAUAGUCAAGGUGGAGCGCCUGGGUUGAUGCCGCCUCGAGCGCCGUAUGCUCCACCUGGGCCGGCGGACAGGUCCCCGAGAGCGCGUCCGAACUACAGCAAGCUUGACCUGAUCAAAUACGACACCGCCCACCUCGGCCCACGAAUACAGCUCAUGCUGUCACAGCUCGAGUUCAAACUUAGCGUGGAGAAGCAGUACAAAGAUGGCAUUGAGAAGAUGGCCAAGCUAUACCAGAUGGAGGGUGACCGCAAGAGCCGCUCGGACGCAGAAGGCAGGAGAAUCGAAAGCAACCAGAAGAUCCAGCUUCUUACGAGGGCGCUGCGGCGUUACGAGGAUCUGCACGUCGACGUCGAGAAUGCUGCGGACGCAAACGACGAUGAAAGUCUGGACACGCCGAGUCAACGGAAGCCGCUCACUGGCCACCUAUCUCUACGAAUACAUGCUGUUGCAGAUGUGGAGCACGCUUCGACUUCGAAGUUCUCGCGUGGGCCGGAGACGUUCGUCAUCAUGAAGGUUGAAGACUCCUUCAAGGGCAGGACGAAGGCUACGAGGACCGACAGGUGGAGUGACGAGAUUCACGAGUUCGAUGUGGACAAGGCCAACGAAAUCGAGUUCACGGUGUACGACAAGUCUGGCGAUCACGCGGUGCCUAUAGGACUGCUCUGGAUACGGAUCGCAGACUUGGCUGAUGAGAUCCGACGGAAGAGGGUCGAGACGGAGAACAUCCAGGCUGGUUGGACCACUGCCGAUCAGAUGGAAAAUUCUCCAGGCCGACCUGACUUGAACUUCCAACCACCACCUGGGUCUCAAGGGGGUCCUGCUGGACACGGUGCUACGGCUGCAGCUGCUGGAGGACCUCCUGGAAGUGGCUUGGCACCACAGACAGGUCCGAUCUAUAUCGAUGCUUGGUUCUCGCUGGAGCCUGUCGGUCGCAUUAACCUUACGCUGGCGUUUGUCAAGCAGGUCAAGGAACGCCGUGGCUUCGACGUUGGUCUGAACCGAAAAGGUGCCGUCCGACAGAAGAAGGAGGAUGUGGUCGAGCAAUACGGCCACAAGUUCACCACACAGACCUUCUACAACAUCAUGCGUUGCGCGCUGUGCGGCGACUUCCUCAAAUACACGGCUGGCAUGCAAUGCGCGGACUGCAAGUACACUUGCCACAAGGGCUGCUACCCGAAAGUGGUUACGAAGUGUAUCAGCAAGUCGAACUCCGAGACAGAUCCGGACGAGGAGAAGAUCAACCACCGCAUCCCGCAUCGUUUCGAGGCCUUCUCGAAUAUGGGCGCCAACUGGUGCUGCCACUGCGGUUACAUGGUGCCUCUUGGUAGGAAACAGUCGAGAAAGUGCAGCGAGUGCAAGCUCACCUGUCAUGCCAACUGCGUGCACUUUGUGCCCGACUUCUGCGGCAUGAGCAUGGAAGCUGCCAAUCAGAUCUUGGCCGAGCUGAAAAGGUCGAAGGGCAAUCGGAUGCUGCAGAACACCAGCAAGCUGAGGCCGAAUGCUUCGAAUCGACCAUCAGCGCCGCAUGGUUCGGGCAGCUUCACCCAGGCGCCUAUACACCAAGAGCAGAUAUCGGCUGCACAGAAGCCGGAGGACAGGUUCUCAUAUGGUCGAGACCCGCGGCUAUCGGAUCAAUACGAACAGCCGCCAAGAUCAUCGUCUUUUGGUCCGCCUAACCAGCAGGCUGUGGAUGCUGCAGGUCACCAUAUGAGGCAUAGUGAUCCUCCGAGCUCUUCUGGUUCCUCUGGACGUCCUCCACCAGGGCCGCAGAGAGCGUCGUCACCACAGAUUGAUGCAGUUGCUGCAGCGAGCGCCGCGGCGAAGCGAGCUUCUGGACAGGAUGCCAGGCCGAACUAUAACAGAGGCUCGACUGACUAUCCGGCCCAUCCACCUUCUUCCAGAGGCUCCUAUGCUGACGGCUACGGGGGCGGGAACAGCUACCGACCACCGCAGAAGCCUCAACAGCAGCAACAACCGGCGCAGCCGGCGUACGACCCAUCAGUCUAUGCUCAGUUCACCACGCCUCAAUCGCAACCUCAGUACGGUCAGCAGCCUUAUGGCCAACAACCCGUGCAGCAACCACCGCCACCGCCCACGAAGUCACAUUACCAGCAGCCAGCGUCGCCUGUGCCACAAGUGCAGGCUCCGCCUCAAUCUCCUCCCGCUACUCAACAACAGUUCCAGCAGCCUGCCGGACCUCCAACUACCAUCACUCAUCCUGUUGCUGAGCCGCCCAAGGCACCACCAGCGAACUCGCAGGGCACUGGCAGGCGCAUCGGCCUCGACCAUUUCAACUUCUUAGCUGUCCUUGGCAAAGGUAACUUUGGUAAAGUUAUGCUUGCUGAGACGAAGACAACCAAGCAGUUGUAUGCUAUCAAGGUGCUGAAGAAGGAGUUUAUCAUUGAGAACGAUGAAGUGGAGAGUGUGCGGUCCGAGAAGAGGGUUCUUUUGAUUGCUAACAAGGAGCGACAUCCUUUCCUGCUGAAUCUACAUGCCUGUUUUCAGACUGAGACGAGAGUCUACUUCGUUAUGGAGUACAUCAGCGGAGGCGAUCUGAUGCUGCACAUCCAGCGUGGCCAAUUCGGUACCAAACGUGCACAGUUCUACGCCGCCGAGGUCUGUCUGGCACUCAAGUACUUCCACGAGAACGGCGUCAUCUACCGCGAUCUCAAGCUGGACAACAUCAUGCUCACCCUCGACGGCCACGUCAAAGUCGCCGACUACGGUCUCUGCAAAGAGGAUAUGUGGUACGGCUCGACCACCAGCACCUUCUGCGGCACGCCCGAGUUUAUGGCCCCCGAGAUCCUGCUCGACAAGAAGUACGGCCGCGCCGUCGACUGGUGGGCCUUUGGCGUCCUCAUCUACCAAAUGCUCCUGCAGCAGUCGCCCUUCCGCGGCGAAGACGAGGACGAAAUCUACGACGCCAUCCUCGCCGACGAGCCCCUCUACCCCAUCCACAUGCCACGGGAUAGCGUCUCGAUCCUGCAGAAGCUGCUGACGCGCGAGCCGGAGCUGCGGUUGGGCAGUGGGCCGACCGACGCGCAGGAGAUCAUGAGCCAUGCGUUCUUCCGGAAUGUCAAUUGGGAUGAUAUUUAUCAUAAGCGGGUGCCGGCGCCUUUCUUGCCGACGGUGAAGGGGAGGGCGGACACGAGUAAUUUCGAUUCCGAGUUUACGAGUGUGACGCCGGUUUUGACGCCGGUGCAGUCUGUUUUGUCGCAGGCGAUGCAAGAAGAGUUCAGAGGGUUCUCGUACUCUGCCGACUUCGUUUGA